UCGCAGCUCCGCACUGUAGUGUGGAGGGGAGAGACAAGCAAAGCGGAGGGUAAACGGCUGGGAGGGGGAAGAAAAACUUUACUCUGAACCGAGAGCCGUUGCAAUCUUUUCUUUUCUGUAAAUACGACCGUCAUCCCUGGAUUAUAUUCACCGAGGAGGAGAGAAGAUCUUGCAAGCCUGAGUAGAUCCCGUGUGUUUUGUGAUUUCUGCGCUCCAUAACUGAGCGCAGUUUCCGGAUAUUAGCCUACUGUUUUGGGAAGGCUUGCUCUGUAUCUGUUGGAUUUUUUCCCCCCCGCUAUUCCUGUCCUUUAUUUUUGAUAACUUGCACUAAUUACUUCAACAACACAAAUUCUGCAGCCAAAUCCAGUGUUUCCUCAAGAAUGGGGACGCACAGAUAACAAGGGUGAAGUCUUUGCCAGGCUUGAGAAGUUGAGCUCUGCGCUCGAGUUCAACAGGGCCACUUCCUGAUGAUGACAGUAAACAUGGAUGACGGUCUCCAAAAUGGACCCGGACAGCAUAGGAACUCACAAGAUGAUGAGGAGGCUCUGAACUCCAUCAUGAAGGACCUGGCAGCCCUGGGUCGCUGCUACACCCAGCACAACAGCCACAAGCCCAAGAACAGAACCCUGCUCUACAAACAGGAUUUAAGAGUCAAGCUGGAGCAUGAGAGAGAGAAACGAAUCAUCCCGUUCCAGAGGCCGCUGAAGAUCAAGGAGCUGCUGCAGAAAGUCACAGAGGCCUUUGGCCAGCAGAUGGACAUGUUCUAUACGGACAAGGAGCUGCUGCUGCCUCUGAAGACCCAGGAGGACCUGGACCGGGCGGUGCUGACGGUGGGCUGCAGCACAGGGGUGAACGGGCUGCUCAGGAUAUUGCUGAAAACUCCCAAGAACAACCAUUACCUACAGGUGAACAGCAGGGACAAGCAGACCGAGAUGCGGUCGUCCAGGUCGCUGGGAGACCUGAAGGGCUCUCUGCUCAAGGGCUCGGAGAGGGUGCGCAAACACUCCACAGGUUCUCUGCACACAGGUCGGACGUCCCCGCCCCCAGGCAGUGUUCCUGAGGAGCAGCAGCAAAUCGCCCGCCAGGGCUCCUACACCAGCAUUCACAGUGAAGGGGAGUUCAUCCCUGAAACCCUGGACCAGAAUAUGCUGGAGCCCUUUGGGAGUGCAAACAACUCACUGUCGAGCAGCUGUCAAUCAAUAGAUCAGGCACUGGACAGUCCUCCUUUCUCGCAGAACAACCGUGACAACAAUUACCUGAACCUCAACUAUGAAUACAAAGGUCGACACGGGAAAGGAGGGACUUUCCCUCGUCAGUUCCAGUUGCCCAAUCGCAGCAAGGAUUAUGGUGACGGUCGCAGGACGUUCCCGCGAAGCUUCAUGCCUCAGGAGAACCUGUUCCAGCUGGUUCCCUCCAGUCGCACGCGCAGCUACAAUGGAGACAACACUCUGCAGUACAGCGACCUGCGCACACUGGGCCGCGCCGCUGACAAGAGCUGCCCACGCAGCACCCCCAAGUCUCCACGGGCGCCAGUGAACUGGAGACAGGGAAAGCUCCUGGGGCGCGGGGCUUUCGGGGAGGUAUACCUCUGCUAUGACGUCGACACGGGCCGCGAGCUGGCCGCCAAACAGGUGCCCUUUGAUCCCGACUGUCAAGAAACCAGCAAGGAGGUGAACGCUCUUGAAUGUGAGAUCCAGCUGCUGAAGAAUCUGCGUCAUGAUCGGAUCGUCCAGUACUACGGCUGUUUGCGGGACAUGGAACAGAAGAAACUCACCAUCUUUGUUGAAUUUAUGCCUGGGGGCUCAAUAAAGGACCAGCUGAAAGCCUACGGGGCCCUGACGGAGAAGGUAACAAGGAGAUACACCAGGCAGAUCCUCCAAGGAGUCUUCUACCUGCACAGCAACAUGAUUGUACACAGAGACAUCAAAGGUGCUAACAUCCUGAGAGACUCCUCAGGGAACGUGAAGCUGGGAGACUUUGGAGCGAGCAAACGUAUCCAGACCAUCUGCAUGUCUGGUACUGGAAUCAAGUCUGUCACCGGCACCCCCUACUGGAUGAGCCCAGAAGUCAUCAACGGGGAGGGCUAUGGCCGGAAAGCUGAUGUGUGGAGUGUCGCCUGCACUGUUGUGGAAAUGCUGACCCAGAAACCUCCCUGGGCUGAAUACGAGGCCAUGGCAGCCAUUUUUAAGAUUGCCACACAGCCCACCAAGCCCAUGCUUCCUGAGGGGGUGUCUGAUGCAUGCAGGGACUUCCUGCGGCAGGUGUUUGUGGAGGAGAAGUGGCGGCCCACCGCAGAAGUUCUGCUCAGCCACCCUUUUGUCCAGGGUAGCUUCUGAGGCCUCCACACUCCCCCCGUCCCCUGCCUGUGAGGCCUCUGCGGCCCCAGUGCCCCCCCUCCUCUCUGGCCCGCCCCGUCCCCAGGGCCCCCGUCACUCCAGGCUCCAGGGCUCAGCGCCACUCCAACUUCCUGCCCCGUCAUCUAUCACCAGUUUCUGCCUUGUCAGGCCUGAAGCCCCUGCAUCUAUCCAUCAUGAGAGGCCAGGUUGACUGUUUUCAGACCUCUGCAUUCUCCAGGGCGUUGCGGUGCAUUCCCUCGGGAGGGGACUGACGAGAAAGCACUUAGCGCUGUAGCUAGUGAGAGACUGCUGUCCUCUUCCCAGUGUAGGAAAAGUGACCCAAGCCAGAGAGAGCAAAUGAUGUCUCACUGUAUCAGGAGCUGUCAGAACUGAUUUCCAGAAAAAAAAAAAAAAAAAGCUUUCUGGGUCCUUCUGUACACUCAUCUACUGCCACAGAAUAGUGUCUAGGAUUGGCCAGACGCUAUGUAAUUGUGAUUGACUGGUGAUUGUUAGCUGAAAUUGAUCACAUCUGAUAGUACUGUAAGUUACUCAUAACCCUGAGUGAUCUAUGAGUGCAAUUCUGAUGGUAAAAUAUUUUUAUAUAAAAGACAAUAACAGUACAAAGUCACCUUACCAGAUGGAUUUUCUAUUGUCACCAGAAAUAUGUAAAUGUAUUUUUGUCAACGCCUUACAAUAAGAAUUUGUAAGUGAGAUAUUUUCUUUUUUGUUUUUAUUACCACCUUAAAGGGUUGCCAUUACCCUAGAUUCAUAGCACUCACAACCCCAUUUGGAAGGAGUACAUUGUCAAGCAUUGCACUUUUGAUAUCAUGCAUUGAAACAUUUCCAACAUGCAGGAUAAUCAACGGAGGAAAUAUUUUUCUAUUUGAUGCUUUUUUUAUAAUUUCAUAAUGGAAGUUGUGUAGUUUGUUCCGGUGUAAAGAAACGAGUACCAAACUUUUUGCAUCAGCAUGCAAUGUUAAUAUCUCUAAGCAAUACCAACACUACUGUUGGAGCGAGUCUGUUCAGUCCAUUCCAAUGCCAUGUUCAGCUUCCCUGUAAUGAGCCUUGUUCCAUGCAGAAGUGGCCAAAGAGAAAUCAAAUAAGAAGAGGUUAAACGAGAAAGACGCAGAAACAAGAAAAUUUCAGCAGUUUAAGGUUAAUCAAAUGUACAGUAUUAUAGUCCCGUUGGAUUUUUUUGUCACCUCAGAGCCCUAUAGCCUUUUUCUACUGUAUGGCAGCUUUGUGCACAGUAGACUGCACAGACCAAAUCAGAUGUGUUGACAUUGCAGUGUGUUGCUAUGAAGAGUAUCACGAGAAAUCACAUUGAAGGCAUGUGUCUCAUUUAGACAGUAGUUUUUGUUGUAGCUCAGACAUGAAUCCGAUCACCCCAUUGCCUUUACUUGGCUUUGCUUUCUACACUAUGAACGGCUCACUGAGUGACCACUCGGCAGCACACCUUGCUCUGCUUAAUGUUAUGUGAGGUAAAACAUAAUAUUACAUGUCACCAAAGGGCCAUGCUGUAAAGGCAGAGUCAAAUGCUGUACCUGUAAAGUGGAGAUAAGAUGAAAUGAAACUAGUAAUCCGCUUGGGGAAAAUGGGGAUAUUGGUGGCGGAGCUAUAGCAGCUAGCUAUAAUGCAGUGGCACUUGGAAGAGGAAUGAUCAAAUCUUUUUGACCGUUGUCAGUGCCUUAUCUGAUUCUGCUUGUAAACACAGACGUUCACCGCCAAAGUGGAAAGCAUCUUACUAAGGUGAACAGCUGUUCAGUAGAAAGCACAUGGGCUUUGCUGAAGUUAUUUUAUAUGGAGAAAAAAAAAAGAUUGUACUGUAAAUACAUAUUGUUCUGCACUUUUUUAUGAAAUUUCUUUACAUUAUAUACAAAUCUAUUUGAUGAAAUAGUUAUGUUAUACAGUAGAUUGUACUGUGACUUAGACAGAAGUAUGAUUGUCUCUUUGAGAGCUCAUAGGCAGUAUGAAAAGGUUGGCAGGCUUUUGAUAGGGACAGAGAGUUUGUUUUGUCUUAAUGACAAAGCCUUGAAACAUUAAAUGUAUCAAGUAAUUGAUUUUUUGUACAUUUAACUUAAUAAAUCAAAGGUCUA